GGUAUGGUAACAGUUAUGUUGAAAACAUACCAUCAGAAACAAACAUUGAUUCCCAAAUGUGCAACAUCCAGUUGACAGAGUGAAGAUUCGUUUUAUUGAGUGCCAGAAUGCUGAACGAGAAAGACGAAACACGAGAUUGUAAUUUACCAGGUAAAAUUGAAAAUCAGCAGGGAAUACGAACUUUGAAUGAGGACGAAGAUGAACAUACCGCCGAGAGGAGCUCAAUAUCUACACCAGAAAAGAUAACGUGUGAUUCACCUGAAAGAAACGCAUCAGUUCAUAAAUACGAAGAAGAAUGGGCUCAGCUGUACAGGAGAGAUGAUCCAGAUCUUGGUGAACUUCGUCGUCGUGCUGUUCUGGGAAAUCUCAGAGCCUCUCGCUUUCGCAGUGUGUGUUGGCGUUGUCUUCUUGGAGUUUUCUCACCUGACACAACUCAGUGGCUUAGCCAGCUUCGACAGCAACGUCACCAUUAUGCAGAAGUUCUCAAAGAACUGUCUCUUGAUCCAUGGCACAGGAGUCAACCUGAAGACAACCCUCUGUCCCAGAAAGCUGAAAGCAUCUGGCACCAGUAUUUUUGUGAUAAGGAGCUGCAGGCUGUUAUAAGACAGGAUGUGAUAAGGACCUUCCCUGGAGUAGACUUCUUCAGGAAGGAGAUGAUUCAAGAUGCAAUGGUCAACAUCUUAUUCUGCUAUGCUCGUGAGAAUCCUGCAAUGUGCUACCGACAGGGUAUGCAUGAAAUCCUUGCCCCAUUAUUGUUCGUGCUGCAUUGUGAUCAUCAGGCAUUGCUACAUACUCGAGAGCAAGUAACAGUCAGUGGUGUGACUGCAGAAGUGCUUGACCCAACAUUUAUUCAAGAAGAUGCAUACACAAUAUUCUGCAGAAUCAUGUGUGGAAUUGAGUCUUGUUACCGAAUCAAUGAUCUCACACCAACCCCCACUGGCUACUUUCCAGCCAACAUCCAGUCACCAUUUGGAAAUGGUUCUCAGAAUCAGUCAGAGAAUGAGGUGGUUGCACAGCUGAACUGGAUUAGGGAUAAUCUUUUGGCCCCCGCUGACCCACAGUUGUACGAACAUUUGCAGCAAUUAGACAUUCCUCUUCCUCUGUUUGGAAUACGUUGGCUGCGUCUUUUGUUUGGAAGAGAAUUUCCAUUACAAGACCUGCUGGUACUGUGGGAUGCCAUAUUUGCAGAAGGAGAAAACUUUGAGUUGGUCAACUAUAUAGUAGUGGCAAUGCUCAUAGCCAUCAAGUAUCAGUUGCUGAAUGGGGACUAUACAACCUGUAUGACAUACCUCAUGCGAUACCCCGGAGCUGUGGACAUAACUUACAUUAUUGAACAUGCACUCUUUCUCAGGGAUCCACAGAAGUAUUGCUUGCCUGCAAUGACGUCUUUCCCAAAACUGCCUAUGGUGACAGUUGGUGGCAGGACAGACCUGAACCGCGCUGCUGGACAGCAUACAGGUGUAGCAGACAAGGAGCUUCCUAAGAAGGUUUCACAAACAUCACAAGGGGCCUCUCUGUCUGGCAGGUUGAAGAAGCUUUCAAAAAGGCCAGAUCAUUGGCUAGGUGGCAAACAUACUCAGAAAGGUGGAACCACUGGUGGCAGGAGUGAUGCUGAUGCCACCAUUGUUGAUGGAUACACGCUUGAUGAUCCUGCUUUGCUCAGAGCAGAAGUGCAACACGCCCAUGCCAUCAUGUCUCUUUGCCGAAUGAAGCUGCUUCAGUAUCAUUCUUUAUUGCAACGCAGUUUUCCUCCCACUGCCAGUGCAGAAGCUAUGCAGGCAGUAGAUGGAUUACAAGAGUUGUGUUCACUUCUGAAGAGUCACAGCCGUUUACAUAAGCCACUGGAAGUUGAACCAGCAUAUGAGGCAGGGGAGACUCGAAUAGAUAAACAGUCCGUCAUGGUCCAGAGAGCUGUUUCUCCGCCCACUCAGCUUGCCUUAUGUCAGAAUCAAGAGAAGCAAAAGAUGGCUGCUGCAAAGAGAAAAGAUGUACGAAUGCCACCCCCUAAAAGCGACGUGGACAUGAAGUUGUUAAGCAUAACAGAGGGUCUCUGUGAGUCAGUACAUGGGGCACCUUCAAAGGAUCCAUUAGGCACAGGGUAUGACACUGAGGGGGAACCUCCGUUCACUUAGGUGGCAUGUUAUAUGGGAAGCUGGCAAUGUUUGUAAUUCUGUUCCUUUGAGCAUGUAUGUCAGAAUGACAUGAGAAUAAAUGAGUAUGAGCAUGCACUUAUAAGACUGAUAAUUCACAACUUGUUUAUUAAUAACUUUGUAUCAGUUGGAUAUUUCAUUUAUUUUCCUCACAGACUCUUUUAAAGAAAAGUAUUAAAAUAUUCAUGUACUUGUUAUGUUUAAGUAUGUUUAUCAUAUGCCAGUUAAUUAAUCAUUUUAUACUUAUAUAUAAUGUAAAACACUUUUAAAUGUGUUACAUAUUGUAUCAGUUAUUUUUUAUUAAUUAAUUAAUUAAUGAGAACAUUGAUAGAACUUCAUAAAGAUAAAGAUUGCAGGUAUAAUGUUCUCCUUAUCUUACAUCUCAAGAUUAUUUAUUUAGUACAAGCACAAGAGUGGAGGUGCAUACAGCCAAAGCAGAACCACAGAACAGGACACAAGAAAGAACCUUUCAACUUUGUAACAUUAUUAAUAUCAUGAGGCUGUAUUUAAAAUUAAAUUAUGGAAAGAACUUAUGACACCUACUUUAUUCAAAUACUUAGUCUAUAUUGUGAGGAUAGAAAUGACUAUAAAUUUGUAAUUAUGCAAAUUAAUUAUCAAUGUCUGUGCAUAAUCUCUGCUGAUAGAGAUUCCUUCUCACAGAGUUAAAUUUGCCAGAUACAACCUCAGAUUUUCACACUCUUACCAUGUUUAUUUUUUAAAAUAUAAGAGGAAUGUUCUGUUCAGAAUUUGUAUGCCUGUUUAUGAUUAUUUCCAUAGAAAACUUCAUAUGCCUAGCUCCAAUGAUAUAUUGCUUAUAAGCCUGUCUUUCUUCAUAAUGUAUGUCAGAAAGUUCUAUCUGCCUAAAGAAUGAGGUUUCCUCUGCAAUA